CGCUGAAUCUGCAUUUGGCAUCGAAAGAUAAAUGUUUCUUUAGAAUAUUAUUCGUCUCAGAAUAUAUAAAAUUGUGUGUAAUGGCCGAAGAAGCAAUAUUCGAAUAUCUACAUUCCGAGAUUGUAAACUAUAUCUUGUCUAAGGAGAGCAGCAAGGAAAAUGAUCUUUCUGCCUUGGAGUACAUAGGCUAUUCCACGGGCUAUCGGAUCAUCGAGCGACUAACCCGCGAGUGGCCUCGUUUUAAGGAUGAACUAGAUACGAUGAAGUUUAUCUGUACAGAUUUCUGGAGUUCAAUUUAUCGGAAGCAGAUCGACAAUCUGCGCACCAACCACCAGGGUGUGUACGUGCUGCAGGAUAAUGCGUUUCGCUUCCUGACCCGAUUGUCGGCUAGUUCGCAAUAUCUGGAGCAUGCUCCAAAGUUUGUAGCUUUCACCUGCGGUCUAGUUCGAGGCAGUUUAGCUAAUCUGGGCAUUACUAGUACCGUCACAGCGGAAGUACAAACUAUGCCCUCUUGCAAAUUUCAUAUUCAGGUAAAUCGAACAUAGUUUGUGUAUUAUUAUGGCAACAAUAAAAUUAACAAACUG